AUUGGUCGCACAACGUUUAACGAGAGAAGAACUGAUUUUGAAUUCGAUUCGUUUGGUUAGAAGUUAAAAGAAAAAUUGAAAAUGAAAAUUUAUCAGACGUUUGCGCGUAAAAAACCUUUGGUCGAAAAUAAACAGACUCAAUUGGCCAAGGUAUUGAGUACAAUAGAUCUUACUGCAUUAGGCAUCGGUAGUACGUUGGGUGUCGGAAUUUAUGUAUUGGCUGGUGAAGUGUCGAAAUUUUCAUCGGGACCUGCCAUAGUUAUUAGUUUUUUGAUAGCAGCCAUAGCUUCUGUGAUGGCAGGUUUAUGUUAUGCCGAAUUCGGAUCGAGAGUGCCGAAGGCUGGUUCGGCAUACAUUUAUAGUUAUGUAACCAUUGGCGAGUUUGUUGCUUUUUUAAUUGGAUGGAAUUUGAUUUUGGAGUACGGAAUUGGAUCGGCUUCGGUUGUCAAAGCACUUAGCACAUACAUCGAUGCUCUCGUUGAUGAAAAAAUCAGCCAAUACUUUCUAUCUGUUAUGCCAAUGUAUGUCAAUGGAUUGUCAUCAUAUCCCGAUUUUCUGGCUCUAGGUGCAACUCUUGUCUUUGCUAUGGCAUUGGCAUUCGGUGCAAAGGAAUCGUCGUUCAUUAACAACAUCUUUACGAUUUGUAAUCUUGGUGUGGUGUUGUUUGUAGUGGUUGCUGGUAGCAUACUGGCCACUCCGAGUAAUUGGUCGAUUCCGGAAGAUCAGGUACCGAAAAAUGGUACCGAUUUUGGAACGGGAGGAUUUGCACCGUAUGGUAUCGGUGGUAUUAUUAGAGGAGCUGCGAUUUGUUUCUACGGCUUUAUCGGCUUCGACGUGAUAGCCACAGCUGGCGAAGAAACGAAAAACCCUAAAAAGUCCAUUCCACUGUCGGUGAUUGUUUCACUGUUCGUCAUCUUUCUGGCAUAUUUCUCGAUGUCAACGGUGCUGACAAUGAUGCUGCCGUACUACGACCAAAAUGAAAAUGCUCCAUUGCCGCACGCUUUCAAGAAAUUUAAUUGGUCAACAGCCGAGUACAUCGUUUCGUUUGGUGCCAUAUUCGGACUAUGUGCGAGUUUGAUGGGCUCAAUGUUUCCACUUCCAAGAGUCAUCUAUGCAAUGAGUUCGGACGGUCUAAUAUUUGAGUUCAUGGGACGAAUUAGUAAGAGAUUUAAAACUCCGAUGUACGGCACCUUGCUUGCAGGCUUAUUGACAGGACUGCUGGCUGCAAUUUUUAACUUGACACAGCUAGUCAGCAUGAUGUCUAUAGGUACAUUGCUAGCGUACUCAAUAGUAGCAGCUUGUGUCCUUCUGCUACGCUUUGAAGUCGACGACGAUCAACCAUCAAAUGACGAAAACUCCUGGGUCGGACAUCUGUGGAAUUCGCACAAACACAAGGCACCCACCCGAGCAUCAGCAGCAAUAGUGACAUGGACCGUGACUCUAUAUUGCAUUUGGUGCUUAGUGUUCGGUGUCAUUGUAACGCAGUUGGAAGACGAAUUGGCCAGUGGAUCGUGGUACGCCAUACUACUGCUAUCGAUCACGGUCGUUUUGAUUGUCGCAUCGUUGGUGGUGAUCAAGCGACAGCCGAUGUCGGCGAAGGAGCUUAGCUUUAGCGUACCAUUUGUGCCCUGGUUGCCGGGUAUAUCGAUUCUGGUCAAUUUCUAUUUGAUGAUGAUGUUGGACUACAUGACAUGGGUACGAUUUCUCAUAUGGAUUGCUAUUGGACUGGUCAUCUAUUUCACAUAUGGCAUUUGGCACAGCAAAGAACGGCCGAAAGUGAAAAAUAUGGAGGGAAAUGAAGUGGAUACAUCGUCUGUGAUAGAAAAACCAGCAAUUGUUGGCGUAAGUAAAGAGAAUUUGGUGGCUUAGAGUGGAUUAAUGCAGUGCGGACGUUAAGAAAAUACUUCCAUUUUAACCUUUGUGAUUGUAAUCAAAAAUAUGUUCUGUACAGCGCGUUAUUUUGCAAAAUUAAAUUUUUUUUCAAA